AUGAAAGCGUUGCCACGUGUCUCCCCUACUCUUUUAACACCAUUAAUUUCACAAUCAAGAACCUACGCAGAGGCUCAUUUCAAGAGAGACAAACCUCACGUCAACAUCGGUACUAUUGGCCAUGUUGAUCAUGGUAAGACUACUUUAACCGCCGCAAUCACCAAAGUUUUAGCUAAGAACGGUGGUGGGGCUAAUUUCAUGGAUUAUGCUUCGAUUGAUAAAGCUCCUGAAGAAAGAGCUAGAGGUAUCACCAUCUCUACUGCCCAUGUUGAAUAUGAAACUGCUAAACGUCAUUACUCCCACGUCGACUGUCCUGGCCAUGCUGAUUACAUUAAGAAUAUGAUUACUGGUGCUGCUCAAAUGGAUGGUGCUAUUAUCGUUGUUGCUGCAAGUGAUGGUCAAAUGCCUCAAACAAGAGAACAUUUAUUAUUAGCAAGACAAGUCGGUGUUCAAAAUUUGGUUGUUUUUGUUAACAAAGUUGAUCAAAUGAAUGACCCUGAAAUGUUGGAAUUGGUUGAAAUGGAAAUGAGAGAAUUGUUAACUCAUUAUGGUUUUGAUGGUGACAAUACUCCUGUUAUUAUGGGUAGUGCCUUAUGUGCCUUGGAAGAUAGAGAACCUGAAAUUGGUGAAAAAGCUAUUUUGAAAUUAUUGGAUUCUGUUGAUGAACAUAUCCCAACCCCUGUCAGAGACUUGGACAAACCAUUCUUAAUGCCAGUUGAAGAUAUCUUUUCUAUUUCUGGUAGAGGUACCGUUGUUACAGGCCGUGUUGAAAGAGGUAAAUUAAUCAAAGGUCAAGAAAUCGAAAUUGUUGGCCAUAACAAAACUCCAAUCAAGACCACUAUCACUGGUAUUGAAAUGUUUAGAAAAGAUUUAGAUGAAGCCAUGGCAGGUGACAAUGCAGGUCUUUUGUUACGUGGUAUCAGAAGAGAUCAAAUCAAGAGAGGUAUGGUUUUAGCCAAACCAGGUACUGUCAAGGCUCACACUAAAUUUUUAGCCUCCCUAUAUAUCUUAUCUAAGGAUGAAGGUGGUAGACAUUCUGGUUUCGGUGAAAACUAUAGACCACAAUUAUUCAUCAGAACUGCUAACGUUACUGUUGUUUUAAGAUUCCCAGAAUCUGUUGAAGAUCAUUCCAAACAAAUAAUGCCAGGUGAUAAUGUCGAAAUGGAAUGUGAUUUGAUUCACCCAACUCCAGUCGAAAUUGGUCAAAGAUUCAAUAUCAGAGAAGGUGGUAAGACAGUUGGUACCGGUUUAGUUACCCGUAUCAUCGAAUAG